AUGCCACCAAGAAAGAAAGCCGCAGCAACCCCCAAAGCACCAGCCAAAACUCGCCGUUCCAAACUUGCCAAAGACAACGAUCUAUCCGCCGAGCAAGAGCGCGAGAUCCAAGAAGCCUGGUCCAUAUACCGCGAAGACGAUGCCGAAGGCUACGAAGACGAGAAAGAAGGCGUGAUAGCGACCUCAAACGUCCGCAUCGUAAUGCGUGCUCUUGGCAUCGAGCCCAAGGCUCAAAAGGACAUGGACGAGUAUCUCGAGAUUUUAGAUCCGGAGAAGGAGGGCUACGUGACAUAUGCGCAUUUCGUGGAGUUGGCAGCUAUACAGAUGAACAGCAAGUCCGACGAGACGAAGGAUGAGGAGGUGGAGAAGGCGUACAAGUUGUUUACGUUGGGUAAUGAGCGACCUAUCACGUUUUCGGAUCUCAAGAGGAUAGCUGGGCUGUUGAAUCAGGAUGUGAGCGAUGAUGUGCUCAAGGCUAUGAUUCUUGAAGCUAAUAGGGGUGGUGGCAUUGGUGCAGGUGUAGAUAUGGAUCAGUUUCGAGAAGUUAUGAAUCGAUGUGCCUUGGUCUACAGUGCCAACGUCCCAUGGAAGCAAAAAGACAGCUAG